AACAUUCCUUAAGAAUGUAGGAUGUUGGAGAGUUGGAAGGCAGCUUAUGCUAAAAAGGAUUCCUGACUGAAAUGAUAAAUUUCUCAACUUUUAUAAUACCUUGGAAAGAGAUAAGCAGUAGUCAUUGACAUAUAGAUGCGAUUAGUUAUUAUUCCUAUCGUUUUCCUAUAAUUGCGUGUCUAUCGCUUAUUUUGGUUAGUUUACAGAUUAUGUAUCGAGAUUAUCUAAAUUAGGAAGUGGGCCUGCUUCGAUUCGGGUCAGCAACAAAUUGCAAUUUCAAUUCCAUUGCUCCUACUUGUGUUAGAUGAGGAUUCUUUCACCAUUUGCCCAUCCAUAUGCAGCCUUUUCGGUGCUAUUUAUAUCAUACAUGGAACCUCUCACGGCGAUGUAAUCACGCGCUGUUUGUAAUUUUGAUGAUGAUGGCGGCAGUGGCAGCGAUAAAUUGGCAAUUGCCGGGCUGGUGCUGCCACCGCUUAUCAUCGGAGUCAAGGAUUUCAUGGGCUGGGAAUCACAGCUUCUGUGGGGCAGCUGGAGCUUUGGAGUUCAAACAACUAUGUCUGUCGAAGACUUCCUUCCCCAUAAGUAAAAAUGCAUUAUCUUUCCGCGGCAAUGCAACCAAUGGAAUGCGUGCCAAUGUCGCCUCUCCCAAAAAAUCUCUGAACAGAAGACUCGAUAUACUUGAUGCCUAUGAAGAUGAAUACAAUGGGAUGAUCAUUGAUCCGGAGUGCUUGCCAUCAAGUGCCAAUGCAUUUGUGUCUGUCCUUCGGGCUUCUAUUGCUGAUUGGAAGCAAAAGGGAAAGAAGGGGAUAUGGCUCAAGAUACUGGUGGAGCAAGCUGAUCUUGUUCCGAUCGCAAUAAAGGAAGGUUUUAGCUACCACCAUGCGGAGCCAGGAUAUGUUAUGCUAACAUAUUGGAUUCCUAAAGAGCCGUGCAUGCUCCCAGCCAAUGCUUCACAUCAAGUUGGCGUUGGUGGAUUCGUAAUCAAUGAAAAACGAGAGGUGCUUGUUGUGAAAGAAAAGCAAUGUCCUUGUAGAUGCUCGGGCACAUGGAAAUUGCCGACGGGUUUUAUCAAUAAGUCUGAAGAAAUCUUCACUGGAGCCAUAAGAGAAACGAAAGAAGAAACCGGCAUAGACACUGCCUUCUUGGAAGUGAUCGCUUUCAGGCAUGCCCAUCUUGUGUCCUUCGAGAAAUCAGAUUUGCUCUUCAUUUGCAUGCUCAAGCCGUUGUCUUUUGACAUUACCAUCGAUGAGUCAGAAAUUGAAGCUGCAAAGUGGAUGCCACUUGAUGAGUUCUUAGGACAACCAUUCUAUCAAGAAGACUGUAUGUCGAAGAAGGCGAUCGACAUCUGUGUUGCAAGAUAUGAAAACAGUUACAGCGGAUUAACCGCCCAUCAGCUGAUUUCAAAACUUGAUGGACAAUUAUCCUACCUCUAUUAUAAUGAUUUGAAGGAAAUUGAAGAGUAGAUUGUCCUUAAAAAAUGCAUGAAACACAUGCUAGCAAUUUCUAUGUAUUUCCAAUGUCACAGGUGCAUCUCAAUAAGAUGAUAAAUGUGUAA